AUGGCAGACUACAAUCCCGCCAACUUCGCCAACCGGCCUCAUGAGGAGGUCGAAGAGAUUGCAAGGAAGGGCGGCCAAAGCAGCCACCACAGCGGGUUCGCCAGCAUGGACCCUGACAAGCAGCGUGAAAUAUCCUCCAAGGGGGGAACUGCAUCUAGCGGGUCUUUUGAGCCAGGAAGCGAGCGAACCAGGGAGGCCGGGAGGAAGGGAGGAAAGGUUGCAGGAGGAGGCAGCAUGAUGAUGGACGAUGAAGACUUUGAUCCUGAGGAGUAG